CUUCCAACCCGACUUCCAACCUCCUCCUCCUCCUCCUCCCCAGAUUUAUCUUCAUCCAUCGACCACCGCCAUCUCUCCGUCGUUUCCAUUGCAUGUUCUUCCUGUGAACGGUCUUUUGCCUUUAGAUUCACCUUCCUUUCUCCCUGCAAGAUGAAGGGCGUUCUCUCCCUCUCGUUGCUGCCGCUCCUGGCGGCUCCGUCCCCCAUUUUGGUUGACACCAUCCACAGGGAUGCUGCUCCGAUCCUCUCUUCCCACAACUCAAAGGAGGUUCCUGAUUCAUACAUUGUUGUUUUCAAGAAGAAUGUGUCUCCAGCAUCGGCCGCGGCACACCAAGUUUGGGUCCAGGACCUUCAUACUACUGUCAUGGCCAAGAGAUCCCUCAGAAAACGCAACCAGUUUCCCUUCAAGAACGACGCCUUCGAUGGCCUCAAGCACACCUAUGACAUUGCCGGGUCGAUAAUGGGCUAUUCCGGACACUUCGAUGAGGAAGUCAUCGAGCAAGUUCGAAGACACCCAGAUGUCCAAUACAUUGAGAAGGACUCUGAAGUCCAUGCCUGGGAUGAGCCUGUGACCGAGAACAACGCCCCAUGGGGCUUGGCUCGAGUUUCCCACCGCGAUAGCUUAACCAUGGGCACCUUUAACAAAUACCUGUACGCCGCAAAUGGCGGCGAGGGCGUCGAUGUCUACGUGAUCGAUACCGGUACCAACAUCGAGCACGUGGAUUUUGAAGGCCGUGCUCACUGGGGAAAAACCAUCCCCACCGGUGAUGAUGAUGUUGACGGCAAUGGUCACGGAACUCACUGCUCCGGUACAGUUGCUGGUAAGAAGUAUGGCGUUGCCAAGAAAGCAAACGUUUACGCAGUCAAGGUUCUGAGAUCCAAUGGAUCUGGAACCAUGUCUGACGUCGUCAAGGGAGUUGAAUGGGCUGCAGGUGCCCAUCUUAGCAAGAUGGUUGAGGCCCGAAAGAAAGGUAACAAAGCGUUCAAGGGCAGCGCUGCCAACAUGAGUUUGGGAGGCGGCAAGUCCUUCACACUUGACUUGGCUGUCAAUGCUGCUGUUGAUGCGGGUAUUCACUUCGCCGUCGCCGCUGGAAAUGACAAUGCCGACGCUUGCAACUACUCUCCCGCUGCUGCCGAGAAGGCUGUCACUGUUGGCGCGUCCACCCUUGCCGAUGAGCGUGCGUACUUCUCUAACUAUGGGAAGUGCACUGACAUCUUCGCUCCCGGCUUGAACAUCCUUUCUACCUGGAUUGGAAGCAAAUAUGCAGUCAACACGAUCUCUGGUACCUCCAUGGCAUCACCCCAUGUUGCUGGUCUUCUGGCAUACUUCCUCUCUCUUCAGCCGGAGCAGGAUUCCGCCUUCGCUGUCUCGCCCAUCAGCCCUGCCAAGCUGAAGAAGGACAUGAUCGCCAUCGCCACCAAGAACGCUCUUACUGACAUCCCAGCGGACACUCCCAAUAUUCUCGCCUGGAACGGCGGCGGCUCGUCCAACUACACCGCAAUCAUCCAACAAGGCGGCUAUGAAGCCACCCGUCCUGGCAACAAGGCGGCACAGUUGACCGAGAAGAUCGAGAAACUUGGCCAAAAUACCGCCAGCCAGCUUGGUGCUAUCUACAGUGAGAUCAAGGAUGCCUUCACCAUCUAAUUAUAUGUGACGAAAUCAACGGGCUUGCAAGUCCUGGUGUAAUUGGAGAUGAAUAGGUGGAUCACGUCGGGCGUGGGGUUUUCUUUGGCUGCGUUUCUCUUUUUUUUUUUUUUUGCCUUCUCCUCAGUCUGCAGUAUGCUUAUCGUGUUUUCUUUCUUUUCGCCGGGUAUGAAUUAUUUUUAGCUAAGGGCUUUUUGUCUCCUAUAUACAUCACAGACUGUGACACCCUAUGUUGAUCUAGAGUGACUUCCCAUCUUUUGUCGAGGUACCUAGGUAGCUGUGUAGUUUUUGGUUACGAUGGAUCCAUAGAGCAUGCACGAAUAGACCAGAUGGACAGCGUGG